AUGGAUCAGGCGAUGGAUGGUGCCCGUUUGCCCGUGGAGGCCUGGUUUUGGGAGACGCCUGUUUGCACGCGAUGGUGGACGACAGCGACGCUGCUCGCCAGUGCCCUGGUCCAGUGCCGCAUCGUCUCACCAUAUCAGCUCUUCUACAGCUACCGAGCUGUCUUUCAUAGAUCACAGUAUUGGCGCCUCGUGACGUCGUUCCUCUAUUUCGGUCCGUUCUCGAUCAAUCUACUCUUCCACAUAUACUUCCUUCAGCGAUACGCGCGCCUUCUCGAAGAAUCAUCCGGCCGGUCGCCCGCUCACUUCUCCUGGCUUUUGCUUUAUGCCAUGCUUAGCCUCAUCAUCAUGUCCCCGCUCGUCUCGUUGCCGUUCCUAGGCCAUCCGCUUUCUUCGACUCUUGUAUAUAUUUGGUCCCGGAAAAACCCAGAAACGCAGCUCAGCUUUCUGGGCGUUCUUGUCUUCACCGCUCCAUACUUGCCGUGGGUGCUGAUGGGCUUCAGUCUCAUCAUGCACGGCAACAUUCCCAAGGACGAAAUCAUGGGUGUUGUCAUUGGACAUGUCUGGUACUUUUUCACGGACGUGUACCCCCCCCUUCACAACGGCUCGCGACCCCUAGAUCCGCCAGCAUGGUGGCGCAGGCUUUUUGAAGGGCGGCCUGCGCGCCCCUCGACCGACGACGUGGACGACUUGAUACACGCUCGGGUCCACGAUGCGGCAGUCGCCGAAGCUCGCUAG